AUGGGGCCAUGGCCCUGCUGCCCCGGUGGCCUCGGCGGCACCCGGCACGUCAUUAUCAACGUGGGUGGCUGUCGGCUUCGCCUGCCCUGGGCCGCGCUGGCCCGCUGUCCUCUGGCGCGCCUGGAGCGCCUACGCGCCUGCCGCGGCCCCGACGAACUGCUGCGCGUCUGCGACGACUACGACGCGGGCCGCGACGAAUUCUUCUUCGACCGCAACCCCAGCGCGUUCCGCAUCAUCGCGGCGCUCCUGCGCGCAGGCAAACUGCGGCUGCUGCGCGACUCGUGCGCGCUGGCCUUCCGCGACGAGCUGGCCUACUGGGGCAUCGACGAGGCGCGCCUGGAGCGCUGCUGCCUGCGGCGACUGCGGCGCCGCGAAGAGGAGGUGGCGGAGGCCGAGCGCGGAGCCGGGCCGGGCCAUGCCUCCUUGGGCUCCCAGGAGUGCACCCUGGGGCCUGCCGGGCGGCUGGCUCGUGGCCGGAGGCUCCUGCGCGAAGUAGUGGAAAACCCGCACUCGGGGCUGGCGGGCAAGCUCUUCGCCUGCGUUUCUGUCUCCUUCGUGGCCAUCACCGCCGUGGGCCUCUGCCUGAGCACCAUGCCGGACAUCCGCGCCGAGGAGGAGCGGGGCGAGUGCUCCCCCAAGUGCCGCAAACUGUUCGUGCUGGAGACGGUGUGCGUAGCCUGGUUCUCCUUCGAAUUCCUGCUGCGCUCCGUGCAGGCCGAGAGCAAGUGCGCCUUCCUGCGGACACCGCUCAACAUCAUCGACAUCCUGGCCAUCCUGCCCUUUUACGUGUCGCUAUUGGUGGACCUGGCGACCCGGGGUGGGCCAGGGGCCGGAGGGGGGCCGGGACCGGGGCCGGGAGCGACGGGCAGCGCGGGCCCUUCGGGCGGGAACAAGCUACUGGAGCGCGCGGGGCUGGUGCUGCGACUGCUGCGCGCGCUGCGCGUGCUCUACGUGAUGCGCCUGGCGCGCCACUCGCUGGGGCUGCGCACGCUGGGGCUGACGGCGCGGCGCUGCGCGCGCGAGCUCGGCCUGCUGCUGCUCUUCCUCUGCGUAGCUAUGGCGCUCUUCGCGCCGCUCGUGCACCUGGCCGAGCGCGAGCUGGGCGCGCGCCGCGACUUCUCCAGCGUGCCGGCCAGCUACUGGUGGGCCGUCAUCUCCAUGACCACCGUGGGCUACGGCGACAUGGUGCCGCGCAGUCUGCCCGGGCAGGUGGUGGCGCUGAGCAGCAUCCUCAGCGGCAUCCUGCUGCUGGCCUUCCCCGUCACCUCCAUCUUCCACACCUUCUCUCGUUCCUACUCGGAGCUCAAGGAGCAGCAGCAGCGCGCCACCAGCCUCGAGCCAGCCCUGUGCGAGGACAGCACGCGCUCGCCCACCGAGGACAGCUCGCAGAGCCCGGACGGCGCUCUCGCGGCCGGGAGCGCGGAUAGCGCGGAGGCUGAGGCCGAGCAGUGGGCGUGA